AUGGCAGCAUAUAGGGGCCAGGAAGAACGGCUGACUCGAUCGCAUCAAGUGAUGUUGUUCUGGGCAGGAUUGCGUGGUGCAGUAGCCUUUGCUCUGACAGCGGGAUUGACUGGUCCACAUGUGCCUGCAAUACGUACAACCAUUCUAGUGGUAGUUGUGCUGAGUGUUAUAAUAUUUGGAGGGAUGACUAGUCGAAUGUUGGAAAUACUGAAAAUAAGUGUUGGAGUAGAAGAAGACGAAAGCAGCGGAGACAGCGAGGAUGACGACAGAUUUGACAGGGGUAACUUUCGAGAAAGACACAGGGACGAUUUUUCUUAUAGGACGGAAAGAUUCUAUGAGCAUCACCAACAUUCUCAUUCACAGAAUUCAAUUAUUUCAAUAGAGAGUAAUUCAAACGAUGAAUUAUUGCCGGCUCACCAAUCACCUACUACGGCUGCCACGGCCGCUGACAAAACCCACUGGUUUAUGUCUUUUGAUGAUCGAUUUCUCAAACCUAUAUUCUGUCGAUCCAGCAGAGUGAACAAUUCUCCAUCCCGGGAACGAUGGAGAAACGAAAAUUUAAGAAGGCAAGAUGCCGAGCCGGACAAUUUUGUUGGAACGAUUAAUUCAUCACGAUCGUCAGUUUCUCCACCGAAUAGAAUGGAUAGUAAUAGAACCCCCGUGUCAAAACGUGAGAACAAUACUCAUCGUAGCACGUUUAGCGUAGACCAGAAUGUUCAAUUAGAGGAUCUAAAUCUGGAUUCCAAUAGUCCAGGCGUCAUUCGGAGUUUUAUCGAUUCAAACAUAGAAUCGGACAACAGUGUUGAAGAACAAUCUUUAUUGGAUUUAUCUAAAUGA